AUGACCUCAGCGUCCAACGACGCACCGACAUCCCCUCCCGCAAAGCGCGUCAAGACCGACGACACCAUGGCCGAACCUAAGCUCCUCGUAAAGAGGCUCUCGGACAAGGGCCGUGUGCCCACCCGCGGCAGCGCCUUCGCCGCGGGCUACGACAUUUACGCCGCCAAGGACACAACUGUCCCCGCGAGGGGUAAGGUGCUCGUCGACACGGACAUCUCCAUCGCCUGCCCCGCUGGUACCUAUGGCCGCAUAGCGCCUCGCUCCGGCCUCGCCUCCAAGAACUUCAUCGACACGGGCGCGGGCGUCAUUGACGCUGACUACCGUGGUCAGGUCAAGGUUCUCCUCUUCAACCACGCCGAGACGGACUACGAGGUCAGGGAGGGCGAUCGCGUCGCGCAGCUCGUCCUCGAGAGGAUCUACACGCCCGAAGUGGAGGAGGUGCAGGAGCUGGAGGAGAGCGUGCGCGGUGCCGGCGGGUUUGGCUCGACGGGUUGA